AUGACCUUCAAUCAAAGAAAAUUCCGUGAACAAGUGCAAAGAUUAGUUAAACUAAUUGAUAAGCAUGAUCAACCUGCAAUAAUAUGUAAGAAUUUUUGUAAAAUAGUUGAUUCAGUUAGAUCGUCGAAUGGAGUCUUUAAAAUCAAUCAAGAUCAUUGGAGAAAAAUAGAUGAUUAUAUCAAAGGAAAAUUAAAUGAAUCUGUUUUGAACGAACAAGAAAAAAAUCAUCCACAUCAUAAAACAAUUACCGAUCAUCUUGUAAUUUGGAAUAAUUUGGACGAUAAAAUUGAAAAAUACAAAUUUAAAUUGUCAAACGAACAUCAAUUAGUGAUUGAUUUGAAAAAAUUAAAAAAGAAGAAAUGCUCUUUCGUUCGUUGUGAAAAGCAUGAUAAAAAUUUUGAAAAACCUUUUGCUCUAUAUAAACAUAUCCGUAUCCAUCAUCGAGAGGCCUAUGUAGAAUCGACAAUAAAUUGUUCCGUUUCGAGUGUCGAAAUUAGCCGGGAACACAGCUACUGCAGAGAAAAUUCAAAUGAUAAUGAAACAAAUGCUGAAGAAAAGGUUACUACAACUAUUUCCAUCAGUCAUGAUGAUGAUGAUGAUGUUGAUAUGAAUUUCUUACCAAAUUCUGAUAUUUCGGUUGAAAAAUAUUACGAUUUUAAAGAUGAACAUGAUUAUUAUGUUGUCUAUGAUGAAAUAGAAGAACUGCAAGAAGAAUUAGAGGAAAUAAAAGAAGAUUCGAUCGAGAGUUUAUUUUUCGACCAGGUCACAACAAAUUUAUCUCAAAAAAGUCGAUCCAGAUUUUUGGAUGUUGUCGUCAAAUUGAAUCAAAUAAGAAUCGAACAUAAUAUAAGCGUAAAAGCUAUCAAAUCUAUUAGCGAUCUGUAUAUGGACCUGAUAACAAAUCCACCAAAAGAAUCAUUUUUUAAUGAAGGAAUUUCAAAAAUCACAAAAUCGAAAUAUUUAUUGGAUAAGUCAAUCAAAAGAAUGCCUAAUUACAUCAGUCCAAUAAGAUACAAAAACUUAAAAUACGACAUUAAUUUUGUAUACAUGCCAAUCAAAAAAAUCAUUCCUCAACUAAUGAGCGAAGCUGUAACAGCAUCUAUUCUAAAAGAGAAUGAUAGUAACGUAUCUGCUUAUGUGAAAGAAAAUAAAUUGGCUAGAACAAUACGUUUAAUUUUAUAUGCCGAUGACUUUGGGAUGGUGAACCCAAUUGGGUACGCCAAAGGUAGACACAAAAUUUUGGCAUUUUAUAUGGACAUCGAUUGUCCGAUCGAAUUAAGACAAAAGUCAAGGUCUAUUCCUUUUGUUAUUUUGGCUGAAAGAAAUAAAAAUCUAAAAUCUGAAAAUUUAGUAUUGGUAUUAAAACCAUUUAUUGAUGAACUAUUGAUUUUGCAGGUUUGUUAUCUCAUAUCUGAAAAGUUUUAUCUUGAAAAAUUUGAUAUCGAAUUACCAGUUAAGCUUGCAUUUAUCAUUGGAGAUAAUCUUUCUGUAGCCGAACUGCUUGGAUUUAGGCAGACAUUCGGUCCCGGCUUCAUUUGCAGGUAUUGCAAACAUACCUACAAACAAAUAAAAAAUCAAGAGAUUCGAUGUUCAAAUCCACUUAAUAUCACACUAUCGGAUGAAGUACUUCGGACUGAAAUAGAUCAUGUUAAAUCAAUCAAAAAUCAUAAAAGUACAUAUGGAAUAAAAUAUCCAUCACCAUUUUUAGAUAUGGAUUUAAACAUAUUUAAAAUAUCACCACCUGAUGUAUUUCACGAUUUUACUGAAGGGGUUCUAGCUACAUUAGUGUCAUUCAUUUUGAAAAAAACAAAGAUCAAUUGGGACGAGCUGGACAGGCGAAUGUCCAGAAUCAAAUGGAUCAACGACAAAAUAUCGAUAGAACCGCAGUUCCAAAUAAGUGGAAAAGCAUUGAACAUGAAUGUGUUAAAUGUUUCCGAAUGAAUGCUUAUGUUCAUUUAGCAGUUUGCGAAAUUUUUCAAACAAAACCGAAAAUCGUUACCGA